AUGUCACAGGACUGCAACGAUGAGUGGGAGCUGAGCAAAGAGAACGUGCAGCCCCUCCGGCAGGGGCGUGUCAUGUCCACCUUGCAGGAAGCACUGGCUCAGCAGGACACCUCCAUUCACACUGCUGUUCAGCUCAAAAAACAGGAGUUUGAAUCAGAAAUCCGAUUUUACUCUGGAGAUGAUCCACUGGAUGUCUGGGACCGGUACAUCAAGUGGACAGAGCAAACCUUCCCCCAAGGUGGAAAGGAGAGUAAUCUCGCAGCAAUAUUGGAAAGGGCAGUGAAAGCACUCAAUGAACAGCAGCGAUACUACAAAGAUCCCCGCUAUCUUAAUCUCUGGCUCAAGUUUGGAAAUUAUUGUAACGAGCCCUUGGAUCUGUACAGUUACCUGCGUAGCCAGGAGAUUGGCACAACAUUGGCACCGCUAUAUAUCACAUGGGCAGAAGUACUUGAGGCUAGAGGAAGUUUUAAGAAAGCAGAUCUGAUAUUCCAGGAAGGUCUUCAGCGCAAGGCUGAGCCUUUGGACAAACUCCAGUCCCAUCACAGGCAGUUUCAGACACGUGUUUCUCGGCAGACACUACUGGGGCUUGAGGAAACUCCUGAUGAAAAAGAUAUGGGUCUUCUGGGAGCUGCAGAACCUCAGAGAAGCUCUUUGGCAGAUCUAAAAGGCAGGGGGAAGAAAACAGUGAGAGUCUCAAUUAGUCGUGUANNNNUUUUGCUUGUAGCCACGACCCAGAACAGAAACUUCCAGACUCUAACUUCUCAGCAGCUUUCAAACAAUCCGGGUUUUGCUGUGUUUGAUGAAAAUUCAGCUUCUGGACCUGAGAUUCCCGUACUUACACCACAGUCAUGGACAGCACCUCCAGCUCCGAGAGCCAAGGAGAAUGAACUAAAUGCAGGGCCUUGGAACUCGGGCAGGCGUCCUCGCAGCAAUGCAAAUUCUGGUAUAGAAGUGCCCUGCCCACUGCCCAAUUUCACCCCGUAUGUGGAAGAAUCAGCUCAGCAACAAGUUAUGACUCCCUGCAAAAUUGAACCCAGCAUAAACCGUGUUCUAAGUGCUCGCAAACCUGAGAAAGAGGAGGAUCCACUACAGCGAGUGCAGAGUCAUCAGCAGGGUACUCAAGAAAAGAAAGAGGUGGUGAUGUACUGUAAAGAUAAAGUUUAUGCUGGAGUCGAAGAAUUUUCUUUGGAAGAGAUCAGAGCUGAGAUCUACAGAAAGCAAGCAAAAAAGAAAACCGAAGAGGAGAUGCAGGCCAUAGCACAGAAAAAGGAAGAAAUACAAAGGAAAAUUGAGGAGCUGGAGAAGAAAUUAAAGAAGAAGGAAGACGACAAGCAGCAACAACCGUGUGAACAGCCAACAGAGAUAACAGAAGCUUCACCGCCUUUGGGAUUGCAAGGAUUUACUUUUUCAAGUGCAACAGAAGUUGGGGAGAAACAGCCUCAGUUACAAAGUGAAUGCCCAGUCUCUAAAUAUACUCAACUACAUAAACCACCCUGUUCUGAGGAUACACAGAGGGGAAGUGUUUUUGUAGAGUCUGAGGAUGAACAGGAGGAACAGAGAGAUGAGGCCAGCCUUGGGAAAAAAGAUGUAGGUCUCCUUCCCCCACCGGAUCCUGCUACGUUUUUCUCCAUAUUUGAUGAAUCCUCUACUUCAACAAAUCAGAAUAAAAGUUGUUCUGCAGAUCAUACACAGAAAAGUGCCUGUCGCCCUCUUGCUGUUCGUAAACCUUCAGAUUCUCUAACUGCAAAGGAAAACAUACCACCAGAAGCCUGUGAUGAGCUGAAUGGAAUUGAACCUUUAACUGAAGAUGCGAUUGUGACCGGCUCCUACAAGAACAAAACCCUUUGUGCCAACCCAGAAGACACGUGUGACUUUGUUAGGGCUGCCCAUCUGGCCUCAACACCCUUUCAUGGGGUGGUAGCUCAGAGAGUCCCAGCUCCUGCUUUUUCACAGAGUGUCCUGAAGGAAGACUGUCCAGAAUCUAAGAGUGCACCUCUGAAUCAGGGAACACCCGUUUGUGAAGGAGUGUACAAUGAAGCUCUUUGUGUAAAUAAACUGAGCCCAAUCAUGGAAGCAAGCCUGGAAGAUACUCGCUCAUCAGGUUCUUCAGUGUCCUCAGGAUCUUCUCUUUCCUCUGUUACACAAAUAUCUACUAUUAAAUACCUGCAUAUCCCUGAGAAACUGGAACUUGCUCAGAGCUUGCCUGCUGAAACAGUUACUGAUUCAGGAGGUAUCAGUGAAAACGCUACUG